AUGAGGGCAGGUGCUGCCUGCAGCGCCAUGGACCGGUCACGCCUGCUGCUGCUGCUUCUGCUUCUAGGGGUGUCCCUUGAAGGUGCCAAGGGGACAUGUUCUACAGGCUUGUACACCCAUAGCGGAGAAUGCUGCAAGGCCUGCAACUUGGGCGAAGGUGUGGCCCAGCCUUGUGGAGCCAACCAGACCGUGUGUGAACCCUGCCUGGACAGUGUGACGUUCUCUGAUGUGGUGAGCGCCACCGAGCCGUGCAAGCCGUGUACCGAGUGCCUGGGCCUGCAGAGCAUGUCCGCUCCCUGCGUGGAGGCAGAUGAUGCAGUGUGCCGAUGCGCCUACGGCUACUACCAGGACGAGGAGACCGGCCGCUGCGAGGCGUGCAGCGUGUGCGAGGUGGGCUCAGGACUCGUGUUCUCCUGCCAGGACAAACAGAACACAGUGUGUGAAGAGUGCCCAGAGGGCACGUACUCAGACGAAGCCAACCAUGUGGACCCGUGCCUGCCCUGCACGGUGUGCGAGGACACGGAGCGUCAGUUACGCGAGUGCACGCCCUGGGCCGACGCUGAGUGCGAGGAGAUCCCUGGCCGAUGGAUCACAAGGUCUACCCCUGCAGAGGGCUCGGACAGCACGGCCCCCAGCACCCAGGAGCCUGAGGCACCUCCAGAUCAAGACCUCGUAGCCAGCACAGUGGCAGAUAUGGUGACCACUGUGAUGGGCAGCUCCCAGCCUGUAGUGACCCGAGGCACCACGGACAACCUCAUUCCUGUCUACUGCUCCAUCUUGGCUGCUGUGGUUGUAGGCCUCGUGGCCUAUAUUGCUUUCAAGAGGUGGAACAGCUGUAAACAGAACAAACAAGGAGCCAACAGCCGGCCAGUGAACCAGACGCCCCCACCGGAGGGAGAAAAACUCCACAGCGACAGUGGCAUCUCUGUGGACAGCCAGAGCCUGCACGACCAGCAGACCCAUACACAGACUGCCUCAGGCCAGGCCCUCAAGGGUGACGGCAACCUCUACUGCAGCCUGCCCCUGACCAAGCGCGAGGAGGUGGAGAAGCUGCUCAAAGGCUCUGCAGGGGACACCUGGCGACAUCUGGCAGGCGAGCUGGGCUACCAGCCUGAGCAUAUAGACUCCUUCACCCACGAGACCUGCCCAGUCCGAGCCCUGAUGGCCAGCUGGGGUGCCCAGGACAGCGCAACGCUCGAUGCCCUUUUAGCCGCCCUGCGCCGCAUCCAGAGGGCUGACAUUGUGGAGAGUCUGUGCAGCAGUGAGUCGACGGCCACAUCCCCAGUGUGAGCUCACAGACCAGGAGCCCCUGUCCUGCCCCACAUUCCAACAACUGAUGCUCUAGCCAGCCCCCACAGAGAUGUCCCCUUUCCCCUGGGGUGGCCCAACAGUCAGAGCCGAGCUCCUCUGUGCAGGGUGAGCCCUGCUCCCCCAACCAUAGCCCUGUUGCUGUCCCUGAGGGAGCCCUUGCUUCUGACCACACUUCCUCUCCGGUGAGAGCCGGGACCACCCCAAGCCUGUCCUGCCCCAUUACCGUCUCAGGCCUUUUCUCCCUUUCCCGCCCCUUAGCUGUGUCAGAUCUGGGGGUUUGACACCAGAGACGGUAACAGGGGCACCCCAGAGACUCAGGCAGCACUGAAGAACCAGAGUCAUGGACUCCACACUGUGAACUGGAGAACAGGGGCACUGUGGUAGGUUAGACCUUCCUUAGUCCCUCCCUCCUCCACUCUGGCCAAAGAUAAAGAGGAUUACAGGCCCCUCUGAGCUGAAAGCAGGUUUGAAAGCCAGUCCCCACUCCCCUCUUACACACAGGCUAGA